CUGACAAAAAAAUGACAGAAACAGAAGAAUGUAGAGUGCAAGCAUAGUGUAGACCUAUCUUAAGAAACUAUGAAAUUAUUAUGAUCGCAGGUUUAUUGUUGUUUUAACGCGUGGAGAACAUUAUUUAUUUAAAUUUAAAUGCCAUGAUUCGAGAAGACGAUCCUCAGUUUCGAAUAACACCGUUCCAGCAGAUGGCAUCGGCAUGUUCUGGUGCUCUGAUAACCUCUUUGUUCAUGACACCACUAGAUGUAGUAAAAAUUAGAUUGCAAGCACAACAGAAGGCUUUAUUGUCAAAUAAAUGUUAUUUGUAUUGCAAUGGCUUGAUGGAACACCUGUGUCCUUGUGGUGAAUCUGCAUGGAUUCCUCGACGAGUACAUUUUCACGGAACAAUAGAUGCAUUCUACAAGAUAGCAAAACUAGAAGGAGUUCCAGCUUUAUGGUCUGGUUUAAGUCCCACCCUUGUAUUGGCUCUACCAUGCACUGUUAUAUACUUUGUAUCAUAUGAACAACUUAGGUAUAGAAUGAAAACUACUUAUAAUACCAUGACUGGCAACUUGGGACAACCAAUGUGGAUACCCUUAACAGCUGGUGCUACCGCGAGAACAAUAGCUGUCACUAUUGUUAGUCCGUUAGAAUUAAUUAGAACAAAAAUGCAAUCCAAGAAGCUGACAUAUUCAGAAAUCAACUUAGCAUUACGUCAGGUUUUAAAAUAUGAGGGAUACAGAGGAUUAUUCCGAGGAUUAGGAUCAACAUUGCUUAGAGAUGUACCAUUCUCAGGAAUAUAUUGGACAACAUUUGAAUCCACAAAAAGAUUUUUCGAUAAACCAGAUUCUGAAAAGAAUUCAUUUAUAUUUAAUUUUUUCUGUGGUUCAGUAGCAGGCAGUAUUGCUGCAUUUGUAACAUUACCUUUUGACGUUGUGAAAACUCAUCAACAGAUAGAAUUAGGAGAAAAGGAAAUAUAUACAGAUGGCAAAAGUCACCAAAGAGCAUCGAAUAUGAAAGAUAUAGCUAGAAAUAUUUAUAGUAAUCAUGGAAUAAGAGGAUUGUUCACUGGUUUCUUGCCACGAAUAUUUAAAGUAGCGCCAGCGUGCGCCAUUAUGAUUGCAACAUUUGAAUAUGGUAAACAAUUCUUCCGGACAUACAACACUCAGAAAUAUAAGGAAAAGAUGCAAAGAUGUGGUAUUGAUAUUGAAAUAAUCAAAAGCAAUUAAUUGGUAUAAACUUCAAACUUUUUAGAUGUUAUCAUGAUCUUCUUAGGCACCAAGACAUACUGCUUGUGGGUCAGGCAUCAAGUAAUACAGAGUACAGAUCCUUCUAACACACACACCACAUGCCCACACAUACACACACCCAUGAGAAUACUGAUAUUGUUAUGGAAGAAUCUUAGAAAUAAUAAUUAUUAUGGUAACGAGAAAGAAAAUUAUUACAUUUCCAAAUAGUAUAGUAUAGUAAUGGAAUAGUGAUUUCCCCAUGGCUGUUUGUAUAUACUGUUUUUGUAAAUAAUGUAAACACAAUAAAAUUGAAUAUUAUAUGCAUUAUAAUUUAA